UUGUGGCUCCGUGAUUACAUUGUCUUCUUCCUCUCCCUCCAAGUUCAACCUUCGCCGUCCAAGUUGGGUCAUCCCAUCGUCGCUCACGCACGACUUUCGGUUCCGCUCCAGCUCGCGAGCAUUCCAUGCGGUGAUCUCCUGAGACUGGGAACCAGUUGUAAAGCAUGGCGUCCUCAGCUCCAGCUGCAGGCUCGCCCUUCUCCGUCGCUGGCCAGCCACCUCCUCAGCCGUCCCCCCCGCUGCCACUAGCGCAGCCGCCGGAAGUCGCCUCUGCUCCGGCGACGACGUUCUCACCGCCUCCUCCGCCGCUCGCUCCGCCUCCAUUGCCUCCUCCUGCUCCGCCACCUUCUUCGGUUCCGGUCUCCUCUCCACCUCCGCCUUCGACGGCCGCUGCUUCUCCAUCGCCUCCGCCUCUGCUUCCGCCUGUUUCUCCGCCGGCGAAGCCGAAUUCGACUGUGACGCCGCCGACUCGGCCUUCUACUGCAGCUCCACCUCCUACGUCCGCGCCGCCGCCUGAAACUCCGACUGCGUCCCCGCCUCCGUCGGUGAUUCCAACAGCUCCUGCCUCUCCUCGGACUCCACCAACGCCGUCGCUGCCACCGGCGCGGCCGUACCCGUCAAAAUCUACGUUGCCACGGGAAACUCCUCCGCCAUCGCCUGGGAAUCCGAUCGCGCCGCCACCAUCCGUGCCACUUCCAGCGGCUCCUUCUCCGCCGGGAGAAGCUCGGCCGAGUCCUACAGAAACUCCAGCACCACCGUCGCCGGCAUAUGGUCCUCAAUCUCCGGCCAUGCCAUCACCAGUUCCGCUUGCGAACCAAUCGAGUGGUUUUCCGCCGUCGAGCGUGGCUUCACCAGAGCCACCUCCUCUAACCCCUCCUGUUACGCCUCGCCAAGCUCCUCCAGAAAAUUCAACUGCUACGCUGCCGCUGCCACGUCAGCUGGCUAAUGGAAGUUUGCCGGGGGCCUUUGGAGGUCAAGCAGGUCAACGUACGGACACGGCUUCUCAUAUACCGGCAGGUUUGAUUGCUGGGGCAGCCAUGGGUGGGGUGGCUUUGAUAGUGAUGCUUGGUAUUCUCUUGUUUGUUUGCUUCAAAUGCAAGAGAAAGCAAGGACCCACCGCUGGAAAAGAUAGUUACGGAUCGUUUUCCUCCGGCGUAAAAGAUGGUGUUAGUGCUGCUCCUUCUCAAGGUUUUCAGCGUCCAAACGACAAUGUUCAGCCCCAGUCAAGGGCUCAUGUCAUUGCCGUGCCCCCAAAGGCUUUUGCCAUUGCCCCACCUAAUCUUGUGAGCGGCAAUGGAGGCUCCGGUACUGCUAACUGGGUGCCUGAGUUACAUCCGCCGCUCAAAGCUUCCUUGAGCUUCUCUAGGGGCACUUUCACGUAUGAUGAAUUAGUCGAAGCAACUAAUAGCUUCUCCGAGGCAAACCUUCUCGGAGAAGGCGGUUUUGGCUAUGUCCACAAGGGAGUCCUUCCAAAUGGGAAAGAAAUUGCUGUUAAGCAAUUGAAGAUAGGAAGCCACCAGGGAGAACGGGAAUUUCAAGCCGAGCUCGAUAUCAUCAGUCGUGUGCAUCACAAACAUCUGGUUACCUUGCUUGGAUACUGCAUAACCAGGGCAGGGAGGUUUCUGGUUUAUGAGUUUGUUCCCAACAAAACUCUAGAAUUCCACUUACAUGGAAAGGGGAGGCCUGUUCUCGAUUGGAGAACCCGAUUAAAAAUUGCAAUAGGAACCGCAAAAGGACUGGCCUAUCUCCAAGAGGACUGUAGCCCAACAAUCAUUCAUCGCGACAUAAAGGCAGCCAAUAUUCUUCUUGAUUUUAAUUUUGAGGCAAAGGUUUCAGAUUUUGGGCUUGCCAAGUUCUUUUCUGAUAGUACCAAUAACGUCUCUCAUAUUUCUACCCGAGUGGUAGGAACUUUUGGGUACCUGGCCCCUGAGUAUGCAUCAAGUGGUAAACUGACAGAAAAAUCCGAUGUAUAUUCAUUCGGCGUCAUGCUUUUAGAGCUUAUCACUGGAAGUCCACCUAUCAUGAGAACAGAGUCAUUGACAGAUGAGGGACAGGGGUUGGUCGAUUGGGCUAGACCUUUACUUAACCAAGCUAGUGAAACCGGCGAAAUGGACAAAAUUGUUGAUCCGAGACUGCAGACGAAUUAUGAUUCUGAUGAGAUGUUGAGCACGAUUGGAUGUGCCGCUGCUUGCGUGCGUCAUUCAGCGUGGCUGCGGCCACGAAUGAGCCAGAUGGUUCGUGCGUUGGAAGGAGAAGGGUCUCUGGCAGAUCUAGAUGAAGGAAUCAGACCGGGUCAAAGCAAAGUUUACGGAUCUUCAGAAAUGAGGAAAUUCUCUAUGAUAUUAGGGAGUCACGAAGACGGCAUUAGUCGGCAAAGCGAUAACACCAGCGAAUAUGGCCUUUACCCUUCUUGUUCAAGCAGUGAAACCCAAAGUCGAUGAGGCAUGUACAGUGAAGACAAAGGAAAGCUUCAAAUUUACUUGCCCAACUGAAGUUAUCAAAAGCUUUUCUUCUCUCUCUUUGGAUUAUCACUCCUAAAAUUCCUGUCGAGGAAUUGUUUGAGGAUCACAGACCGCUCGAUGUAGAUACUUUACUCUCUGCUGAUUCUUUCCUAAAAUGUAUCAGAUUUUUGUAACGUGUAAAAAUUCUUCUCCUUCGAGAUGAUCUAACAAAGCCUGUAUCUACUACAUUCUCAUUUUAUAAUGUAAGAGCUCUCUGAAUUCGGCAAAUGAGCUCGUUGAUGAUCA